GUAAGCGCUUUAAUUUCGGUGGUGUAGGCCGUUGCGCAGGGUAGCCAAGCCUACACGGUAAAAUUACUGAUGUCGUGAAGGAUGCUGCUAUAGGCUCAUUCAAUCCUAAUUUACGCGGAAGGGAAUACAAUCUCUGCUCUCAAUUGUACGCAUCCCCGAUAAAAUAGUAGUCUGUGUUCACGCUGAACGUGAAACCGGCUCAUUUGUAUUAUCACCCAGAGGCUCUCCGUUAAAGCUCCCUUGGUUGCCGGUGUGCCGCCGCAGUGGAUGUUGCAGUUGUGAAGUUCCUUCGCCCGGCCUGUGUGCUGCGACAGCAGACUCAAUGAGAAAGACAUGCUUGCCUUCGUUCUGGUCUCUGGGUCAAUCUGGAUUCUGUUAGAGCUGAGUUCCACCCUGAUGGAGAGGAUGCAAUCCCAGGACCUCCUCAGUACCCUGCGUCUGCCCGAGCUGGAUGACCUGGGCCAGUUCUUCCGAUCACUGCCCACCUCCACGCUGGUGGGCAUCGGGGCUCUCACCGCCGUCCUCGCCUAUUGGCUGGCCACACGGCCCCGCCCCAUCAACCCACCCUGCGACCUCGCCCACCAGUCGGAGGAAGUGCCAUGUGAGGAUGGGGGCCGCAGGUCCAUGUUGGGGGACAGCCCUAAGCUGCUGACACACUACCAUGAGGACGCCAAGACCAUGUACGAGGUCUUCCAGAGAGGCCUCCACAUAUCUGGUGAUGGACCUUGUCUUGGUUCUCGGCUACCUAACCAGCCUUACCAGUGGUUGUCCUAUAAAGAGGUGACGAGCCGGGCAGAGCAUCUCGGGUCGGGCCUGCUGUCCCAGGGUUGCAAGCCGAGCCCAGAUCAGUUAAUCGGUGUGUUUGCACAGAACAGACCAGAGUGGAUCAUCUCUGAACUGGCCUGCUAUACCUACUCCAUGGUAGUGGUGCCUCUGUACGACACUCUGGGGCCAGACGCCAUACGGUUCAUCAUCAACACUGCUGACAUCUCCACGGUGAUCUGCGACAAUGUGGCAAAGGCCCAGGUGCUUCUGGGUAACGUGGAGCGCCAGGAGACUGCGGGGCUGCAGAGGAUCAUCCUGAUGGACCUCUUCGACGCCGCCCUGGUGGAGAGAGGGCAGGCCUGCAGUGUGCAAAUACAGGCACUCAGAGACGUGGAGGCCUUGGGCAGAGAGAACCAUAGAAAGCCUAUGCCCCCCUCCCCAGAUGACCUGUCUAUUGUGUGUUUCACCAGUGGCACCACAGGAAACCCAAAAGGAGUGAUGCUGACACACGGGAACGUGGUUGCAGAUUUCUCUGGCUUCCUCAAAGUCACAGAUAAAGUCAUCUCCCCUAACCAGAAUGAUGUCUUAAUCUCCUUCCUGCCCCUGGCUCACAUGUUUGAGAGACUCAUCGAGUCGGUGGUGUACUGUCACGGUGGCAGGAUAGGGUUUUUCCAGGGUGAUAUCCGCCUGCUGUCAGAGGACAUGAAGGCCUUGCGUCCCACCAUCUUCCCUGUGGUGCCUCGUCUGCUCAACCGCAUGUAUGACAAGAUCUUUAGCCAGGCCAACACCCCUGUGAAGCGUUGGUUGCUCAACUUUGCUGCCAGGAGAAAAGGGGCGGAGGUCAGCGCAGGGGUCAUUCGCAGUGACAGCCUAUGGGAUAAGAUCUUCUUCAGUAAGAUACAGGCCAGUCUGGGAGGCAGGCUGAGGAUGAUCAUCACUGGGGCCGCCCCUGCCUCUCCAACUGUGCUGGGAUUCCUCCGAGCUGCGCUGGGCUGUCAGGUAUACGAGGCGUACGGACAGACAGAAUGCACAGCUGGGUGCACGUUCACCACACCUGGAGACUGGACCUCAGGUCACGUGGGUGCUCCACUACCAUGCAACCUGAUCAAGCUGGUGGAUGUAGCAGAUAAGAACUAUUUUGCUGUGAAGGGGGAAGGAGAGGUGUGUGUGAAGGGACCUAAUGUGUUUAAGGGCUACAUCAAAGACCCAGAGAAGACAGCAGAGACCCUGGACUCUGAGGGCUGGCUCCACACUGGGGACAUUGGGAAGUGGCUACCUAAUGGCACGCUGAAAAUAAUCGACAGGAAGAAACACAUCUUCAAGCUAGCUCAGGGAGAGUACAUCUCCCCAGAGAAGAUCGAGAACAUCUAUAUCAGGAGUGAGCCUGUGUCACAGCUUUAUGUCCAUGGAGACAGUCUACAGUCCUGUUUGGUUGGCAUUGUGGUUCCUGACCCAGAGGUCAUGCCAGGCUGGGCAAAGAAGAAGGGCAUGGAUGGCAGCUACAGGGAUCUCUGUAAAAAUACAGAACUGAAGAAGGCCAUCAUGGAAGACUUGCAAAGACUUGGCAAGGCCAGUGGACUCCACUCCUUUGAACAGGUGAAAGACAUCUACGUUCAUAGUGAGAUGUUCUCCAUACAGAAUGGCUUGCUGACCCCAACGCUGAAGGCCAAGCGGCCAGAGCUGAAAGAGUUCUUCAAGGAGAAGAUUGAAGUUCUUUACAACAACAUCUCCAUGUGAAUGACUUCUACAAAUCCAAUCAAAUGCCCAGUUCCCAGUCUACAGGUCAACAAUCAUCACUUGUCCCUUCCUCACUCUUCCCAUAACCGCACAUCACCACACCCACACACUUGACAAUCCUACCAAUUGAACAGGCUCUAACAACCAACCAAUCAGCCAUCCACCCGAGACUCCAACCAAAUGAAUUGAGUCAAACUGCUGUUAACAUGUGACAGCAGCUCAACCACAGAAACAAAAGUGCAGUAUUGUGUGAAGUUUACUGACAUUGUACCACCAGUUGUAUCCCCGGUCUUCUCUCUCACAAGACACACGUUGUACGCACCUGACGUGUCCUUCUCUAGAUAUGAAUACAUCGACACUGCAGCAACA